AUGACAGACACUGCGCCGAAGCCAUCGCUAGCCUCGAAGGAGGAAAGUGAAGAGACACCAAGUGAGUCAGUCGCCCUUAGCUUGAAUACCAAGCCAGAGGAACCGGAGCCAAGAGUUGAGGUGAGCCCUGAGACCUUCCGCGAGGUGGCAUACGCAGUCCUGGUGGACGAGUUGAAGAAAUGGGGCUCUCCGGCCCAAUAUCUUCAAAAGACUUACCCGACUCCGGAGUCGCAGCUUGAAUUCAAAGAGCUGUUGCUGGAACACUUUCCCAAGAGCCCGGGAAUUGAUUACCACAGCAGCUCCGAGCUACCAAGCAACAUGACCGAUCUUAUGGCGCUUCAUUUGUCAGAUUUGGGAUUCUUUGCCCGCUCCAGCACCAAACCUGCGCCGUUCCUCCACACCAGCAUCAGUCUUCUGGAUGAGUACUUGACCAAUUCAUUCUUGACUGAGCAGGACCCGGUUCUCCUUGCCCAAGGUCCUAGCACCAGCCCCACACCCGACCCGUUCUGGUCCAUAUACGUGAAGGGUGCCGCUCGAAGUUGCACUGCGCUGUUCCUGGCCGCGCAGUGCAUCAAGCGUGGGUGGAAGUUGGCCGUGCUGCGGCAAACCUGCAGCAGUCGCUGCUGGUGGUUCACGCACGGCGCUGUAGCUUUGGAGAACGCGCGGCUCUCAUCCCGGGGCGCCAUCAGGAAGAGCCACUGUGUGCUGACAUGGCUGGGCAAGCUGUCGCUGCUACGGGAGCAAGGCCUUUCAGCUGAGAACACUCUGAAAGUUUGGAAUCAGAGCUGCACCAAGGAGUCUGCCUUGACAGGCAGCCGAAGAGUUGCGUUGCUGCAGCUGCUGGGCAUGCCCAAGGCAGCUGCGGACCUUCUCUUGGAACAUGUGUCACUGUUUGGUGACCGGACAGCAUUCAUGGAAGAUGCAUUUGCCAGCAAACGCUUGGGAGUGGGGGCCAUGCCCCGGUCAGGAUCCAAAGCCUGGAACAUGCGGCUCCAGGUGACCGAGGCCGGGCAAAUGCUUUUCCUCCGGUACAUUCACAGCCAGCACCUCAAACGGCUUCCGGGAACCCGGGCGAAGAGAAGCAAAGAUGAUCUCGAGGAGGCCAUCUCGAUGGCGCAGCUUCUGGUCUCGCUGACGGACGACCUGACAGCGCAGAUGCCCAUCGCAUCGGUUGAUGCCCAGGUCUUCGAGCGGUUUGUCGAAGGUGACACGAACCUGGACUUGGAGCUUCAGUCCGCAUUGUCGGAGAAGCGGGCAGAUUUUGAUCAUGGAGACAUCACAAUCUUCCGUGAGCUGGUCAAUGAGCACGCCACCAGCACUGACCGAAAGAGACAGGCCCUGGGCAUGCCGACCAGCAGCAUUGCAGCCGCCCAGCUGGAGCGCCAGGAGUUUGACAUUGCCAUGUCCACUCUGAAGCGGGACUGCGAUGCUUACAGGAUUUGGCUCACACAGAGCCGUGACCGGGAGGCAGCGGCGUAUUUCGCAGAGCUCCAGCACCAGAAGCAGCGCAAGCAGAAGGCCAAAGACAUUGCGAAGGAGAUGGGUCAGCCAUCCUCGGCUUUGUGGACCAUGCAGCUGACAAAGCUGGGCAAGCCCGCGGCUUGCUACCAGGAGAUUGAGGGCGCGAUCAAGAACAUCAUGAAGCGCGAGCAGUUCACGUCGAAGGAUCAGGUGCUCAGCCUGGUGGUCCUCAACUGGGCGGCGCCCAGCACAUUCAGCUCGGAGCAGCAGGCCUGCCAGGCAUCUUUGGCAGGCGCCCUGGUGAACGACGGCAGCGGCAUCGGCGCAGUGCUGACGCCGGUGUACUUCCACAAGAAGGGCGCGCUCUUCAAGGUGGAAGAGGCGGCCAACAAGCAGCUUGCGGGGGCGAACCUGAACCAGGACCACCGGUUCGCGCUCCCGUUUCAGGGCAGGAACGACGAGCGCGAGAAGCGCACUUUGGUGCAGCCUGGCCGGUUUCUGGUUCCCAUGGAGGAGGAGAGCUACCAGAAGGUGAUGGACAUCUGGCGGACGGCACCCCUGUUGCGGAAGCCCUUGGCGGAGGAGUCGGUCUUGCUGGCCACCCGGGACAUGGUGACCAUCGAGGAUAUCGCAGAGAACGCGCUUCCCCAGACCACCGACACAAGCACGCACAUCAAGCCCGCAGAGAAGCACCAACAGAUCGGCGUGGACGCAGCGCGGAAGCUCUUGCGGGGCUUCGUUCAGGGGAUGGAGAGCAGCUCCAGAGCGAGCAUCCUGGUGGUUGACCUGAGCUUGCAUAGCGCAGAGCUUUGCAAAGCUGCGCUUCUGGAACACGCCUGCGGGCAAGGGCAGCUGCAGCUUCCGUGCUACUACAUUGGCUUUGCAGCCGACGAGGAAAAGCUGGAGUGGGCAAACCAUCACAUGGAGGAGUUCCUCGCAAACAGCUUCUUGGACCAAUCGCUUCCCUUGCCCAAGUCUGCCAGCAUUCCACCUGCGAAGCUGGAGUCGGGCUUGGGCGCGGCACCCGCAGCUUCAGCUGCUGACGGCCUGGCGUCUUUGAAGACGCCCGACCCCUUGCUGAUCAAGUACGACGAGAGCCCCUUCCGAACAGAGUUUUACGAGAUCUUGGCCGCUGCCCGUGAGGCGCUGCCGCUUGACCUUCCUGCAGAGAAAGGUGCAGCAGCACAAGCGAAGCGUGCCCUGAAGAUGACCGUCGAGGCUGCGGCAGCCCCGCUGCUGAAAAAGGGCAACAAGGAAGUGUGCGUGGUGAUCUCUCUGGGGUCUCGAAUCUGGCUGGUGAACCGGUCCGACUCGGAGCAGGCCUUUGAGGCUGGCACCGUGCUGGCCGGCUGGUACAAGGGGAAAUUCUGGCACCACCGAAACUCUGGAGAAGACCCCAAAACAAAGAAGGCCAAGAAAGAAGAGGGCCAGUCGAAUGAGCCAGGCGAAACUGACGUGCAGUUCAAGUUGAGCGAUGGCAACGACUUGGUCAGCUUCAACGGCAAAACCACGAACCUGGCAAGCUUGAUCCUGGAGAAGCGCAAGAGUGUGCCCGACAUUGGCAUUUCAUACCACAGCAUUGUCGACAAGCCCUUGCCUGGCCAGCCCGGGUUCUUUGGGUUGGAGACCAAGCACAGCAUCUACUUCCGGGCAGAGACCAUUCCCGUCAAGACUGAGGACAACCAGCAAACGCCCAAGAUUCCUUUGAAUCACUUGGGCGGGUGCAUCAAAGCCAGCGCAUGGGACACAGCCGCGACACACAUCGUGUGGGCAGUGAAGUGGAACGCAUCAGCACAGAAGGGUCUAUCGCCCGUCCGGCCAGUGGUCACCUUGAAGCAAACGGUGAGCUUGCCGGCGCAGUCAGCCGUGGAGCUCUCGCAGCAGAGCGCCAGCACGGUCACGGGGCCGUCCGCUGAAUCAGAGUAG